AUGUCUGAACAACAAUCUCGCUCUCGUAAACGCAAGCAUGAGUCGAACAAGGAUGUGCUGAAUGCUAUCCUUGCUAGAUUGAAUACGCUUGAGGAACGUUUUACUUCGCCGCCACCACCGUCCGAGCCACUUUUACAGGCUGCGUCAACAUCUUCGGGGCAGGCACCGCACCCGGUACUGCCCGCGCUAAUGAUUGGUGCAGCCACCGACGACGUACGCGAUGACGACUCAACGGCAGUUCACGCACCCGUCUCGGUAUCACGGGAAAGCAUUGCCACAGGCGGAGACACAACUGGCAGAAUCGUGGAGGCCAUCACUUCGUUAGUUAAAGUAAGAUCUAAUAAUUAUUAUAUUUCUAACUUUGACCCUCACUUUCACAAUAUCGACGUUUGGUGCGAGGAAGUAGAUAGGGCUAAAGAAACUAACGGAUGGGACGAUAACGAGUGUUUGUCGCGAAUCGGUAAUUUUUUGAAGGGAGAAGCGCGUGUCUGGCUCAGCGAGUGGUCCAGCACCGAUCGUUCGUGGACGAAUUUCAAACAAGAAUUUAAAAUGUUGUGUCCUCGAACCCUCGAUAUUGCGUCUAUUCUUUACGAAGUGAUGACCAAAGAUUCUAAAAGUUAUGCUACUUACGCCGAAUACGCUAGACGUUCGUUGUUAAGGUUGGGUUUGGUUAGGGGACUAUCUGACGAACUGAUUGUCGCUAUAGUAUUAAGGGGCAUCACAGAUCCUCAUAUUAAAGCUGCAGCUACUAAUGCAAAGUUACAACCCAACGAUUUAGUGCACUUUUUGUCGAUGUACAUAAAACCAAAAAAUGAUUUUCCGUCUACCCGUGAUAUCACUCGUGGAUCGCAUCCUAGUUCUGAAUCAAACAUUACCCGACGGAAUGAAAAUAAAAAGGGGGUUGGCGACUUAAGAUGUCACUUUUGUAGGAGGUUUGGGCAUAAGCGUAUAGACAGUAAAAAAGCUAAAAGAAUGCGACUAGGUAAUAAUUCAGGGCCGUCGUCGUCUAACACACAGUCACCGCAUUCUGUAACAUGCUCAUUUUGCAAAAAGAGUGGUCAUGAAAUUAAUGACUGUUUUGCCAAACAACGUUCAGAUUCGACAAAACUUAACCCGCACAAUGUAAAUUUUUAUAGUAAAUUAGACAGUAAUGUUUCGAGAUCGACAAUCGAUGUUACAAGCGCAGUAAUUGAAGGCGUACCGAUUGAUUUAUUAGUAGACAGCGGUUCCUGCAUAUCACUCGUAUCGAGUUCAUUGUUGAAACAUUUUAAGGUUAACCAAAGACCGACAUACCACAUUUUACGAGGUAUAGGAAGUCAGCUUAUCGAGUGUACCUCGUUUGUGACAUUAAUAGUGGAGCUACCUCACAUAUCUAUUGAAACCGAAUUUUAUGUGGUACCCCACGAUUGUAUCAGUACUCCGGUCAUUAUAGGCACCGAUAUUCUGAAUCGUGAAGGCAUCACAUAUAUCCAACAAAAUGGUUUUCAAAUUCUGACGCGUACAGGCAAGCCUUUACCGGUAAACCAUGCUUUUGAUAUUAAUAAUGUAAACACACCUCUUAAAGGCGAAGAGAAAGAACAGCUUUUGUUGGUUAUCAGUGAUUUUUCGAAGUUCUUUAUAACUGGCACAGCUUCAUCAACAGUCACGACAGGUAGUAUGAAAAUAGAACUUUCCAACAAUAAACCGGUAUGUUAUAGGCCGUAUAAAUUAUCUUACGAUGAGAAGCUUCGCGUUCGGAGUAUAGUUAAAGACCUAAUGGAUAAAGGCAUUAUACGUGAAUCCGAAUCACCAUACGCCGGCCCCGUGAUCUUGGUUAAAAAGAAAGAUGGCACGGAUCGAAUGUGCGUAGAUUAUAGGGUUUUGAACUCACGCACUGUAAAAAAACAAGUUUCCCUUGCCACUCAUAGAGGAUCACACUGA